AUGAAGUCUUUCCUCGCUACUCUUACCUUUGUCACGGCGGCGCUGGCAGCCAGCCGCACUUCUGCGCCAUCAGGUUGCUUGACUGUCAAGAAGUCACCUGGCAACGGCCAGUACGGUACUAUUCAGAAGGCCGUUGAUGCCCUUUCUACUUCUGCCUCUGGCACGCAAUGUAUUUUUAUCGACCAGGGCACCUAUAGCGAGCAGGUUCUUGUCCCCGCGCGGACCGCUCAGCUGACCAUUUACGGCUACACGGCGGACACGAGCAGCUACUCCGGCAACAAGGUAACCAUCACCGCCAAAAAGAGCCAGGCCGACGGCUCCAACAACGACGAAAGCGCUACCCUUCGCGUAAAAGCCAAGAACUUCAAGCUCUAUAACGUAAACGUCGCCAACGCUUACGGCAAGGGCAGCCAGGCUGUGGCCCUAAGCGCGUACGCAGACAGCGGAUACUACGGCUGCCAGUUUACUGGUUUCCAGGACACCGUUCUUAGCCAGCAGGGCAACCAGUUGUACUCCAAGUGCCUCAUCCAGGGUGCCACCGAUUUCAUUUUCGGCCAAAAAGCCAUGAGCUGGUUCGAGAAGUGUGACCUUCGUGUUGUUGCCAGCUCCGUUGGCUACAUUACUGCCAAUGGUCGCCAAAGCGCAUCUGACAAGUCGUAUUACGUCUUCAACAGCUGCACAGUCGCAGCCGCUUCCGGAAACACUGUUGCCGAUGGAGCCUACUAUCUCGGCCGCCCCUGGAGGGAAUUCGCCCAGGUCGUGUUCCAGAAGACAAGCAUGACGGGCGUCAUCAACUCCGCUGGCUGGAAGAACUGGAACACUGGUGACGAUCGCACCAGCAACGUUCUCUUUGGCGAGUACCAGAACACCGGUAUUGGAUCACAGGGCACCCGCGCCAGCUUCUCCAAGAAGCUUAGCUCAGCCAUCUCCAUCUCGAGCAUUCUGGGCAGUAGUUACAGCAGCGCUGGAUACUACGAUGCUGCUUACAUGUAA